AUGCAGCCCUUUGCGGACGAAUAUUCGGCGGCACUGCAACAGAUCCUCCGCGACGGCAAGUUGGAUGAUAACAUUAUCUAUACAUCGCCAGUCUCUGGCAUUCGCACUUUCGAGGAUGAAGUCAGUUGUGCGGAGCACUGGGUGCAAAAUAUGCUCCAGCCUGUUCUCUUCCUCGAUUCUCUGACCAAUUUAUGUCUGUCCAGUGACUUGGACCAACAAGUCGACGCAAUUCUUGAGGUCGGGCCACACAGUGCUCUCGCAGGCCCCAUUCGGCAGACAAUGGGUCUCCCUGCGUUCGAAGGAAAGCGCAUUUCGUAUCUCUCAUGUUUGUCGCGGGGCAAAAACGCGGUCGAGACAAUGCAAUCCCUUGCCGCUACUUUGCACAGACAAGGCACUCGUGUGGAUCUGAGUGCUGUGAACUUCCCCAUCAAUCGAGACGGCCUCAGAGUCCUCUAUGACCUCCCUUCUUACCCAUGGAAUCAUGAGCACGGAUAUUGGGCGGAGCCACGUUUGAACAAGGAGCACCGUUUGCGCAAACAGAAGCACCACGAUCUACUGGGCAGUCCUCUCAUUGGAGGCAAUGCACUGUCUCCGACAUGGCGUCAUAUCAUUCGCGUAUCUGAUACUCCGUGGCUUCGUGCCCACAAGGUCCAGAACAACAUCAUUUACCCAGGCGCUGGGUACAUAUGUAUGGCCAUUGAAGCAGUCAGCCAGUUAUCGCGAGGUCAAGGCCACACCAUCUCGAGCCUCAGUCUGAAAGACGUGGAGAUCCUCAAAGCACUGAUCGUCCCCGACACUGGGGCGGGUGUAGAGGUUCAUCUAACAUUGCACGAGGGCUCGGAGAAGGCGUUAACCGGCCAACCCUGGCAAGAAUUCCACGUUUACUCUUGCGACGACACUGGAAAAUGGAGCGAGCACUGCAAGGGAUUCAUCGCGCGUAAUCAAGGCAACGAUGCCUACAAGAAAAAUGCGAACAGUGACGACGAGGUCUACCUUCGGCGACUGAAUCCGCAGGAGCUUUAUCGUACACUUCAAGCCAAAGGCAUUUAUCACGGCGACGUCUUCCAGAAUCUUGUUUCAAUCCAAUCUAACCGAGGUCGGUCCCUGUGCACUUUGCGAGUUGCCGAUACGGCAUCCUCAAUGCCGCAUGGUGUUGAGCAGCCUCACGUUCUACACCCAACGACGUUGGAUUCCAUUUUCCAGGCCGUAUACUGCUCUCUGCCAACCAGUGCGCUUAGGAGCAACGCAGCCAUGGUGCCCCGAGCAUUCAAGCGCAUGGAUUUGAGGACGGUGAUGUCCAGCACACCUGGUCAUGUUUUCCAAUCUCAAUGCAUGCUGCAUCGGGCCAGUCCCCAGGGAAUGGAAUCCUCUGUGGUGGUUUCUGACACCACUAGCGAAGAUCCCGUCCUCACGGUGGACGGCCUAUACUACCAGUCACUUGGGGCUGCGCCACAGGCUGAUGGUGAGAAGAACGAUAUACAACACAAUUACACGUUGCAAUGGGCACCGGAUAUCUCCUUCCCCAUCCCUAGCACUGUGAAGGCAGCGCUUCAAUUCGCUGCCAAUCUGGAUGAGAUUGAUAUCAUUCAUGACAUCCGAGAAGCGUGUUUCUACUUUAUACGGCGUGCAUUGGCCACUCUCACCGAAGAUAGGGUCCUGAAACUGAAUUGGCACCAGCAACGGCUCCGCGCAUGGAUGAAGGUGCAAAUCAAAUUGGCCCAGUUGAAUGAACUGGGGCCCGCAAGCUCUGAAUGGUUCAUCCAACCGCUAGCCCAUCAGCAAAAUCUCAUUAAUCGAGUUCGAGUCGCCAGUGUCGACGGCGAGAUGGUCUGUCGGAUUGGGGAGAAUCUUCCUUUAAUUCUAAGCAACGAGGUAGCCCCUUUGCAGCUGAUGCUGAAGGAUGAUCUCCUUUCCGAGUACUAUGCGCGGGCAGCACUCAGAGAGCAAGAUGCACCUGGCCCGCACUAUCGUUGUGCCAGCUACGACUUCACCGACAUUUCGUCAGGUUUCUUCGAAGCUGCCAGUGAGAGAUUCAAAGAAGCAGGUGAUGUGAUGGAAUUCAAAAAGCUGAAUAUUGAAGAAGACCCGUCGGGGCAGGGAUUCGAGAGCAACAGCUAUGAUCUUGUGAUUGCCAGUCAGGUCUUGCAUGCAACUAAAAAUAUCAAUCGCACACUGGCAAAUGUCAGAAAGCUGCUGCGUCCGGGAGGAAAGCUCCUCCUGGUGGAAAUCACUCGGGAUGAGAUCGACCUGCAGCUGAUAUUUGGAACUUUACCUGGAUGGUGGCUAGGAGAGGAGGCCGAGCGUCAGUCCAGCCCUUCACUUACCAUCCCUGAAUGGCAGAUAGCAAUGAAGAGUACGGGCUUUGAUGGUAUCGAUAUGGAACUACAUGACUGUGAGGAUGAACACUUUUAUGCUUUCAGUGUCCUGCUGGCAAGUGCUGCCAUUCCAGAUCCAGUCAUUUAUCCACAAUUCACGAUUGUGUACAAAGAGAUGCCACCCACUAAGUGGCUGAAUAAACUGAUCACAUCCCUCGAACAAUUGACGACAUUCAAGCCGGAUGUACAACAGCUCGGCACCUUUGAUGCUGAAGGCAAAACCUGCUUGUUCCUGGGAGAGAUGCAUGAGGCUUUGCUCCACGAGCCGAGCUCAACGGAGUUUGGCUCGAUACAAUCUCUCCUCAUCCAGGCUGCCGGUGUUCUUUGGGUUUCACGCGGCAGUGCGAUUCACUGCGAACGACCGCAUAACAGUUUGCAUACUGGACUACUUCGCACCCUUCGAACCGAAUACAGCAGCAAGUUAUUGGUCUCACUGGAUAUUGACCCCACUACUGCGAGAUGGCCGGCUAGCGCUAUUGCGACCAUGCUUGAAGUUGUCCGAAGGCGCUUUCCCCUGGCACAAGACCCAAGCCAUCUGGACAAUGAAUACGCCGAGCGUGGUGGGAUCAUAUGUGUCCCCCGUGUCUUUGAGACUGACGUUGAGAGCUCGCCAUCUACCCGUAGCAUUGAGAGCGCCGAGACGAAGACAGAGUUGUUCCGUCAAUCCAGUCGAAAGCUGCGUCUCCAGGUGAGCACCCCUGGGCUUUUGGAUACCCUCGGCUUUGUGGGUGAGCCCAUGCAAACCGAUCCGUUACCAGAGGAGUCAAUUGAAGUUGAGCCCAUGGCGUUUGGGCUGAACUUUCGGGACGUCAUGGUCGCGAUGGGCCAGUUGAGCACGGAUGUAAUGGGCUUCGAAUGCAGCGGUGUCGUGACCCAGGUGGGCUCACUGGCAUCCCAGCACGGAUUCAAGAUUGGAGACCGCGUAUGUGCUCUCAUGCGAGGACACUGGGAGAAUCGUGUACGCCUGCAUUGGACUAGUGUCGUUGCCAUUCCGGACGGCAUGACUUUUGACGCGGCCGCUUCCAUUCCCAUGGCAUUCACGACCUCAUACUACGCCCUGUACGAGACUGCACGUCUUCAGCUUGGGGAAACCGUGCUUAUCCAUGCUGCUGCAGGAGGUGUCGGCCAAGCAGCAAUCACCCUGGCGCAGAGGGUGGGGGCCGAGGUGUUUGUGACGGCUGGAUCACCAGAGAAGCGGGAGUAUCUCAGCCGCGAGUUUGGCAUCCCCGAAGAUCAUAUUUUCUCGAGCCGCGAUGGCGAAUUUGCCGCUCGACUCAUGGAGAUGACCGCCGGAAAGGGGGUCGAUGUUGUGCUCAACUCUUUGGCCGGGGAGUUCCUCCAACGUACCUUCAACUGUGUUGCACCUUUUGGGCGAUUCGUUGAGAUUGGUAAACGCGACCUGGAGCAGAAUAAGCAGUUGGAGAUGCACGCCUUUACCCGCCAUGUUUCCUUCUCUAGUGUUGAUCUGAUUGCUCUCGGAGAACUCAAGGGAGCGGUGGUGUCUCGCAUCAUGAACGACAUCAUGCGACUGAUCAAGGAUGAAGGACUUCGGCUCAUCCAACCGACUACCACCUACCCUAUCUCGAGAAUCAAGGAGGCCUUCCGGAUGCUGCAGGCGGGCAGGCAUAUUGGAAAAGUGAUUGUGAUUCCCGGUCCGGAUGAUCGAGUGAACCUUCUUCCGUCUGAAUGGUCUCUUCACCUGCACUCUGAAUCCACGCAUCUGGUAAUUGGAGGCAUGGGUGGAGUUGGCCGAUCUAUCUGCGAAUGGCUGGUCCAGCGAGGCGCUCGAAACUUGAUUAUCAUGUCUCGGAAUGCCGACCAGCAAGCACAGGGCAACGCCUAUGUGAACUCACUGCGGGCAUCAGGAUGCACGGUGGUCGUUGCUAGCUGCGAUAUCUCCGACAAGUCUGAUCUCAAGCGGACUCUAGACGGUUGCUUGCAGUCGAUGCCACCUCUUCGGGGAGUCAUCCAUAGCGGAAUGGUACUUCAGGAUACCGUCUAUGAGAAGAUGUCGGUGGAAGACUAUGCCAGGGCCAUCCGGCCGAAAGUACAAGGUAGCUGGAACCUGCAUGAGGUGUUGUCCGACGUGGAUCUGGAAUAUUUCAUCAUGCUAUCCUCACUGAAUGGAAUAACCGGCAACGUGAGCCAAGCGAACUAUGCCGCGGGUAAUACCUUCCAGGAUGCGAUUGCCCGUCAUCGCAGCGCACGAGGACUGCCAGCGGUUGCCAUUGACUUGGGAAUGGUCCGCGGGGUGGGAUAUGUCGCUGAAACGGACGGAGUGGCCAACCGACUUGAGCGCAUGGGCUUCCGCGCGGUGGAUGAAGAAGAGGUCCUGCACCUCAUCCAGGACGCGAUUUUGCACCCAAUCCGCCAUGCCACUGACUCGCAGAUCCUUACCGGGUUUAAUUCCCAUCCCGGGGCCGGUAACACGAAUGUAUUCUGGGCCAAGGACCCGAUACUGGGCGGCGUCCUACGCGCAACGGGCAUCAAGUCGAAAACACGAUCAAACCGGGUUCAUGAUGCGAUGGACCUCCGCGAACAGCUGGCGAAUGUGCCACUCCCAGACGAUCGAUUGGUUGUGCUUCAGACUGCCAUUGUGCGUAAGCUAGCCGCGAUGUUCUUCGUCGACGACGAAACCAUUCAAGUGGGCGAAUCUCUCGCUAGAUAUGGAGUUGAUUCGCUGGUGGCAGUGGAGUUGCGUAACUGGCUUGUCGUCCAGCUGGCAAUAGAGGUGUCCAUUUUCGACAUCAUGCAAAGCGCGUCUGUGAAGCAGUUGGCUAGCAGUCUUGCGGCCAAAUGGGCUGCUGCUGCCGCCUAA